CAAGGAGAGAGCUCACACCUCUCCCCACCCUACUCCUUCUCUUUGGCUGCAAGUCUGCCAGUCACAGCAGCAAACUGCAGUAGAAAAGGGGAGGAAGCCAGCGGAGCAGCGAGAGAAGCACAAGAACCCAGCUGGGUUUCCUCGUCCCACAGGAGAGGGCGUCGCAGAGCUCACAGACAGGACUGCUCUCCUGCUCGCGGUGACUCUGGCACCAGCUUGUGGAGCAGUAGGUGAUGGUGUCCUUGAUGCAAGGCCGGCUGCCCAUCAAUCAAGAUGUGCUGCUGAUGCAGAAAGGCAUGCUGGUGCGCAAGGUGAGGUCCAAAAGCUGGAAGAAACUAAGAUACUUCAGACUUCAGGAUGAUGGCAUGACAGUCUGGCAUGCCCGGCAGGCAGGAGGCAAGGCCAAGCCCAGCUUCUCAAUCUCUGAUGUGGAGACAGUGCGUGAGGGCCAUGAGUCUGAGCUGUUGCGCAGCCUGGCAGAGGAGUUCCCCCUGGAGCAGGGCUUCACCAUCAUCUUCCAUGGCCGCCGUUCCAACCUGGACCUGGUGGCCAACAGCGUUGAGGAGGCCCAGAUAUGGAUGCAGGGGCUCCAACAUUUGGUGGACUUUGUCACCAGCAUGGACCAAAAGGAGCGGCUGGACCAGUGGCUGAGUGACUGGUUCCAGCGUGGAGACAAGAACCAGGAUGGUCGCAUGAGUUUCCCAGAGGUCCAGCGGUUACUACACCUGAUGAAUGUGGAAAUGGACCAGGAAUAUGCCUUGCAGCUUUUCCAAGCAGCAGACACAUCCCAGUCUGGGACUCUGGAAGGAGAAGAAUUUGUAGAGUUCUAUAAGGCGUUGACUAAGCGCCCUGAGGUACAGGAAGUGUUUGAAAACUUUUCAGCUGAUGGGCAGAAGCUGACCCUGCUGGAAUUUGUGGAUUUCCUCCGAGAGGAGCAGAAAGAAGGAGAAAGAGCUUCAGACCUUGCUCUGGAACUCAUCGACCGCUAUGAGCCUUCAGAUAGCGGCAAAGUGCGACAUGUGCUGAGCUUGGAUGGCUUCCUCAGCUACCUCUGCUCAAAGGAUGGAGAUGUCUUCAACCCAGCCUGCCUCCCCAUCUACCAGGAUAUGACUCAACCCCUGAACCACUAUUAUAUCAACUCCUCUCACAACACCUACCUAGUGGGGGACCAGCUUUGUGGCCAGAGCAGCGUCGAAGGAUAUAUACGGGCCCUGAAGAGGGGGUGCCGCUGUGUGGAGGUGGAUAUAUGGGACGGACCUAGUGGGGAGCCUAUCGUUUACCAUGGACACACCCUGACCUCCCGCAUCCCGUUCAAAGAUGUCGUGGCCACUGUAGCACAGUACGCCUUCCAGACAUCAGACUACCCAGUCAUCUUGUCCCUGGAGAACCACUGCACCUGGGAGCAGCAGCAGGUCAUGGCGCUUCAUCUGACCGAGAUCUUGGGGGAGCAAUUGCUGAGCACAACCUUGGACGGGCUGCUGCCCACUCAGCUGCCCUCGCCUGAGGAGCUUCGGAGGAAGAUCCUGGUGAAGGGGAAGAAGCUACAGACCCUUGAGGAGGACCUCGAGGAAGAGGAAGAGGAGGAAGUGCUGGAGUCUCAACUGGAGGGAGAGCAGGAGGCUAGGCCAGAGCUGGAGGCCCAGUUUGAGUCUGAGCCCCAGGAGCUGAGCCCCCGCAGUAAGGACAAAAAGAAGGACAAGGUUGUGAUGUGUCCGCCGUUUUGUACGCCUAUCUGUUGUCAGAUUAUGGUUCAGGCUCCUAGUUCCAAGCCUGAGUCCCUUCUCUUUCCCAAGCAGAAAUCCAAACCCAUCAUGUGUCCAUCCCUCUCUGCCCUGGUUGUCUACUUGAAGGCCGUCUCAUUCCACAGCUUCACUCACUCGAGGGAGCACUACCGCUUCUAUGAAACAUCAUCUUUCUCUGAAACCAAGGCCAAGAGCCUCAUCAAAGAGGCUGGCAAUGCGUUUGUGCAGCACAACGCCUGGCAGUUAAGCCGUGUGUAUCCCAGUGGCCUGAGGACAGAUUCGUCCAACUACAACCCCCAGGAACUCUGGAAUGCGGGUUGCCAGAUGGUGGCUAUGAAUGUGCAGACUGCGGGGCUGGAGAUGGACAUCUGUGAUGGGCUCUUCCGCCAGAACGGUGGCUGUGGCUAUGUGCUGAAGCCAGACUUCCUGCGUGACAUCCAGAGUUCCUUCCACCCAGAGAGGCCCAUCAGCCCUUUCAAAGCCCAGACCCUCCUAAUCCAGGUGAUCAGUGGUCAGCAACUCCCCAAGGAGGACAUGACUAAAGAGAGGUCCAUUGUGGAUCCACUGGUGAGAGUUGAAAUCUUCGGUGUCCGCCCAGACACAACCCGGCAAGAGACGAGCUACGUGGAGAACAAUGGUUUUAAUCCAUACUGGGGGCAGACACUAUGCUUCCGGGUCCUGGUGCCUGAACUGGCCCUGCUGCGUUUUGUGGUAAAUGAUUACAACUGGAAAACCCGACACGACUUUAUUGGGCAGUACACACUUCCUUGGACCUGCAUGCAACAAGGUGGGCCGGUCCCCCAAACCCUGGCCAGCGGUCCAGCUCCGGCUCCCUUCCUAAUGCUGUCCUCCUGCCCCUUUCCAGGCUACCGCCACAUACACCUACUCUCCAAGGACGGCACCAGCCUCCAUCCAGCCUCCAUCUUUGUGCAUAUCUGCAUCCGGGAAGGACUAGAGGGGGAUGAAUCCUAAGGCGGGCACUUCUUGGGAAGGGUGGGUGCGCUGGCUUGAGACGGUAAGAAAAACCUGGAAGGAUGCUCCAGAAGGCAAACACAGGUGGUAAAAACCAAGUUUUGGGUUGUGCAUUCCUAAGCACAAAAUUACCUCACCUUUCCUAACAAGCAAAUCUAGGACCUGAUUUUUCACUCUCUCUCUCUUCCCUUUCUUCGUUUUUCCACCUGUGGUAUCUUUUCUGCCCCUUUCUUCGCAUACUCUCUGCUGGACUUCCUUCCUCUUGCCACAGCCUCAAUCCCAUACCUCAGUCCCAAAGGAUGAAUCUCUUUCAUCAACCCUGGCUCAAACGAUGGUUGCCACCAGAAACCCAGAGAGGGGCUUGGAGCAGAGAAACACUAAGAGGCAUUAUCCCCUCCACACUAACUUCCUUAAAGCUCAGAGCCAAGGAAAGGAUAGACCAAUCCUCCAGGUUCCCCAGGCAGAGGCUGGGGAAGGAGACCUCACCCCAAGACUACACGGACUCUCAAGAGAACACUGCACAGCCGAGUCCCCACUGGACUGCUCUUCCCUAGUCCCGCUUGUAUAAACAGAGCUUUUCUCCCCA